CUUCGAAAAAAAAAAAGAAAGAAGCAUACCUCUUUCAUUACCCAAACUCCCUCUCUUGGAUCAUGCAAUCUGACGAAGUUAUUUGGCAGGUUAUUAACCACCAGUUUUGUUCUUACAAAGUCAAGACACCUACUGGUAACUUUUGUCGUAAUCAGUACAACGUUACUGGUCUCUGUAACCGCCAAUCAUGUCCUUUAGCUAAUAGUAGAUAUGCUACUAUCAGAGAAGAGAAAGGUAUCGUCUAUUUGUAUAUGAAGACGCCUGAACGUGCACACUCACCUGCCAAAAUGUGGGAAAGAAAGAAGCUUUCCAAGAACUACGCACAAGCUUUGGCACAGAUUGAUAAAGAAUUACAAUACUGGCCCAACUUUUUAUCUCAUAAAUGUAAGCAGCGUCUCACCAAGAUUACUCAAUACCUUAUCCGUAUGCGUAAAUUAAAACUUAAAGAAAAUGACAGACCUCAACUUAUUGGUAUCAAGAAGAAGCUGGAAAGACGUGAAGCUAAUCGUGAACGCAAGGCUGAAGCCGCGGCACGAAUAGAAAAAUCGAUUGAAAAGGAAUUGAUUGACAGAUUAAAGAGCAAAGCUUAUGGUGAUGCUCCAUUGAAUGUGAAUGAAGAGAUCUGGCAAAAGAUUUUGGACGAAGAGCUCGAUGCUGAAGCUGAUGAAACAGAUGAAGAUGACGAGAACGAAGAAGAAGAAGAGGAAGAAGAAGAUGAGGAUGUUGAGUUUGUUUCUGAUCUCGAAGACGAAUCUGACAUUGGAGAUAUUGAAGAUAUGGAAGAUCAAUUCGAAUGGGAAGAAGAAAAGGAAGAGGAGAAUGUUGCGUUAACACGCUAGAAAGCAACUCAAUAGAUCUUGUCAUUCACGCACAUACACAGCCACCCAUACUCACAUAUAUAUUUACGCACUCAAAUUAUUCACGCAUAACAUGCUUUAUAUUUUAUGUAUUUUUUUUUUCUUUUGCUCGCUUAUUACCCUACUCUACAUUUCUUCAAGAAAUAAAUAAAAAGCAAUAAUAUACAUUUGAU